GGGGCUCUGUGACACACUGACUGCUGUGUUAUCAUCACAACCGCUGUUAAACCGCACUAAACUCGCGCUUCAGUUGGUUACACUGCGUUACUUGUUUGUUUUUUUUACCGUAAAUAUGUCUCACACCGUCAUCACGACCACGAGCACGACGACCAGGACUUCCGGUGACAGUGUCCUCAACAUGGGCUACACCCGGACCAUCCCGGGACUGCUGAAGAUGGGACAGAUGCUUGCUUUGCUCAUCGUCUUCCUGUGCGUGCACUGUGCUCGUGGUUGGCCCAGCUGGGCGGCGUUCCAGUUCUUCGAGGUGGUGGCGCUGUGGUUCCUCAUCGCCCUCCUCGUCUUCUUCCUAAUGCACCUGUGCAGGCUGCAGGAAAAGAUGCCCUGCAUCAACUGGCCACUGACGGAGUUUUUUCAUUACUCAGUUGGGACCGUCCUCAUCCUCAUCGCCUCCAUCAUCGCUGCAGUGAAGAGUGGAUCAGUUUCAGCACUGGUGGCUGCUUCAGUGUUUGGUUUCAUCACAACAUUCCUGAUGGCCGUUAGUUUGUGGACGUCUUACAGCGUCACCUGUGGCCCUCACCCGACAGGUUCAUCCGUGUAAACGUUGUUCCAUCUCUGAAGAAAUCGAUGGCUGCGUCCUGGUCUGUUUUUCUGCCUGGCAACCCCCUGGACACCGAAUGUGAUUGGCUCAGCCAUCGAUUUUCCACCAUGUGAUCGUCACUGUGGUGCAAACAGUCAGUAUUUCUGUCAUGACUACAUUACCCAUCAUUCCUGCUGUCGACAUGACCUUUGACCCUUAAGCUUAAACAAACAAACCUGCUUGUAUAAAACAACAUCGCCCCCUUCCUGUCACGUGCCAUAAAUCACUCUUCACUCGUUUAUUUCAGUUUAACUUAACAGAAGUAAAACGUUUUCAGUCCAAAUCAAUAAAAUCAGAAUUACUCUGUUACCCUGCUAAGCUAAUGUUGCUAAGUGCAUUAAAACAUUCACACUGACUCUGAUGUGCAAAUAAACACUUGCAUGCUAAUGUCGUUGUUAGCAUGCUAAAACAUCACUCAGGGGCUAACGUGCUAAAAACAAAAGCAUGCUAAGAAAAAAUUAUAGACAGAUUAAUUCAUACAUUCAUUCAUUCACUUGUCUUAUUCAAAUAAAUUAAGGUUAAAGUUUAGGACAAACAUUUCAUGUGCAGAGAAAAAACAACAGUAAUUGAGUGAAAAUAGUUUGGGUUUCCUCGUGUUUACAUUUUUAUUAUUGUUGCAUUUUUAAUAGUGGUGGGACUCCAUUAAAAUGAAUCGCGAUUAAUCACAUAUGAAUAUUUGACACGAGAAGCAACAUUUUUCAAUUUAAAUGGACUUUGGUAUAUGACUUAAUCAAUGAAUAGACACAUAAAUGAGCUCAAACAACAUCGUGUUUAUUUUCAUCAGUGAGUGUUAACAUAAAGUGCAAAAUAAUUGCAUUGUUCAUAAAUUCUUAAAUUCAAGUUAGCUAUAUUCAAGUUUUUCAGGACUUUUUUGUUAACGUUCUGUCUUCAAGUUACUUUUGGCUCGGAACCCUGUCAUCUUGUCGAGUGUGGAUUAGUGACACUGCUGCUCCAACGAGGAGCGUUGUCUGUGCUAGCUGCACACACACACGCACACACACACACACGGUCAUGCACACACACACACACACACAGCUACGCGAGGUGGUAGCGGAGGCUGCAGUGCACCGGUGGUUGGCACUUUUGCACACAACUGUGCUUCUAUCCAUGUUUCCACUCGGUAGAAUUUGAAAACUAAAAUUUCCGCCCAUGGAACCCAGCAACAACUUCCAUUUAUCUCGUGUUUUGUCCUGUGCAUCGGUAUUCCGGCCGGGAACUCGAGCAAUGAGCAACGUUCCGUGUUGUUUGGAGUGCAAAAAUAAAUUAACACAAUAAAGUCCCAGCCCUAGUAUAUAUAUGUACAUAUAUAUAUAUAGAGAGAGAGAGAUAUAUUGUGUAUACGUAUAUAUAUUUGUUUAGGCAGUCUAAGUGCUGACACUUAUUAUAAUAUGACUUUAGUAAAAGUCUUCAAAUGUAUGACAUUUACUUAGUUAUCAAAAGUCAUAAGUAAAAGUCAAAUUAAAAGUAUUAAAAAAGUGAGGAGUUAUGAUUGAGCCACGGUGGAUCAGUGGUAGGGCAGGUUGUGACUUGCACACUGUUGCUUUAACUCUGCAUGUCUGGGGUUUGUUGGUCGUUUAAAAAACAAAACAAACAAAAACGUGUCAUUCAACAGAAAAAUUAUUUUAUUUUAUUCCACUGACUUUCCAACGUGUUUAAAAUAUUUUCAGGACAUAUUUAAAUGUCCUUGGUGCUUUAAACAAAACUGUUAAAUAUCUGAAUUAUUUUCCUUCACUCAGAAAGCACAUCUCUAUGGAAGAGGACACGUGAGAAAACAUCAUGAAAUCUGAGAUUAAAGUUGGAAUUCUGUGAUUAAAGUUGGAAUUCUGAGA